CCGUGGAGUGGGAAGCUACGAGUACAUGAUGAUAUACUUUUAUUAGUAGUAGUAAAAUAUGUAUCUACAAUAAGCGUCCUACAUUUUACAUCUUAAAACUUGAGAAUACCCCGUAACCAGGAUGAUUUGGGUCACAUCACCAUGUCAGAUGUAUUCUAAGUCAUGCUUUUCGAUGCCAAUAUGUACAAAGACAAAUGGCCAUCAUACAAAUAAUGCAGAGGUUAUGAAUAAAAACGGUCCUCCAACACACUUAACUAUUGUCUACUAUACUGCAAUGAGCUCUGCUGGUGCUGGUGCUCCCAAGGCUGUCACACUGAACUCCCUGUACGGUGCCUGGCGGGCCGUAACUGCUGCACUGCAACAGCUCCCCACUAAAAAUUUACAGCACCCCUCCUACAGUGAACUCCAUCGUGUCCUCGCGGCUCCUUUCCAUCUCACUUCACCUUCUCCAACCACAUUCACCACCACAACCCUUCGUCAUGGCGCCCAAACCUGCCGCCACAAAGGCAGCAGCAGCAGCAACAGCAGCAGACGACCCCCAAUCAACAAUCCUAUUCUUCCACCCCGACCUCGGCAUCGGCGGCGCAGAACGCCUCGUAGUCGACGCCGCCGUCGGCCUCCAGGAGCGCGGUCACCGAGUCGUCAUCUUCACCAACCAUUGCGACCCAUCCCACUGCUUCGACGAAUGCCGCGAUGGAACCCUCGACGUCCGUGUCCGCGGCAGCUGGCUCAUCCCCAUGUCCAUCUUCAACCGCCUGACCAUUCUAUGCGCCAUCCUCCGCCACUUCCACCUCCUCCUCACCAUCCUGUUCAACGGCGAGCUCGACAGCCUCCGCCCCUCCGCCGUCAUUGUCGACCAAUUGUCCGCCGGCCUCCCGCUCCUCCGCGAACUGCUCCUCUCCGCUAGAGUCCCGAUCCUCUUCUACUGCCACUUCCCCGACCUGCUACUAGUCCAAGGCCGAAAUGCGUCCGCCCUCAAGCGCCUAUAUCGCGUCCCUUUUGACGCCUUUGAAGAGUUCUCCAUGGGCUUCGCGGAUGCCGUUGCCGUCAACUCCAACUUUACAAAGUCCAUUGUCGCAAAGACGUGGCCUCGUCUCGCUGCACAGGUCGACAUGCAGGUUGUCUACCCCUGCGUCGAUAUUGCGCCGACGAAACCUGCCGAGGUGCCGCUUUCCUUUGCCGCCAAGAACGAUAAGCUUAUUCUCUCCAUCAACCGCUUCGAGCGCAAAAAGGACAUUGCGCUAGCUAUUAAAGCGUUUGCGGCCAUUCCCGCGGCCGAUCGCAAGGGCGUCCGACUCGUCCUCGCAGGCGGUUACGAUCCUCGUGUUGCAGAAAACGUCCAAUAUCAUUCUGAACUCCAGGAUCUUGCCACAUCUCUCACUCUUACACACGCCACCAUUAACAAUACGACGUCUACCGAGACGGGCCCAGUCGACUCUGCCUCUGUCCUGUUCUUGCUAUCCGUCUCCAACUCGCUCAAGUCAGCUCUGCUUCAGCGUGCCCAUCUGCUCGCUUACACACCAUCUAACGAGCACUUUGGUAUUGUUCCCCUGGAGGCAAUGCUGGCUGGUCUACCAGUCUUGGCUGCCAACACAGGCGGCCCUGUCGAGACUGUUGUGGACGGCGUCACUGGCUGGUUGCGAGAGCCUGAAGAUGCGCAGGCCUGGUCCGAUGUUAUGCGUUCAGCUCUCGCCCUCAGCACUAAGCAAAAAGAGGCCAUGGGUAAGGGUGGUGCUGACCGUGUUCGAAGCCUAUUCGGUAGACAGCAAAUGUCCAAGAGCCUCGACAACAUCCUUGAUAGCGGUGUCGAAGCUCGUAAGAAGCGUAACCCCGGGGAUCCUAGCUUAUUCUUUGUUGUCACAAGUACUCUCGGUUUACUAGCCAUCACUGUAUUCGCUCUCGUUGGCGGCUACCUCAUUUAAGUAGGGCUUUACUACCCAGCGAUGUUUGUACAAUAGCACACACACACACUUGGAAGGAAGAAAAGUGUAAAUAAAAAAAUGUAAAUUACAUGGCAAUGGCCAUCAAGUCGUUACCUGCACUCAGGAUAAGCCAAUCUUGCCUCCCUUGUUACCAAUCACCUCUAGUCGCAGCAAAGUACGACACAUUCCCAGCCCAGUUCUUCCACUGUACUUCACUCUAUGACGAGUCAAAACAGUGACGCCGUUGUGCGCUGAAAGCAAAGUACAAAUGUAUGAAGCGUAGCAGCGGACAGCAAAUGACGGGUUGCCCCUGCCUUAUGCCAUCUCUGCAGAGCCAUCCAAUCUCUCAGAAAACCUCACCAUCCACAGAAACCAGUAGAAUAGACGAAAGAAAAAGACGCGGGAAAAAUUGCAAAAUGCCUGCCUUGUAUAUUUCCAUGUUUCCCCAUAAUGAUGUUAAGACCAACCCAUUACCCAACCCGGUCUUUAAUGCAAAUGCCGCUAUAUGAAUAUAUGAAAAACAAAAAACGCAAAAUCAAGUGGUGGAACAAAAAGAAAACAGGUAGAAAGUGCACCCAGCGGUGCCUUCAUAAACACCAAAACAGAGCCCAAAGCUUUCUGCCUGGUAUUAGUGUGAUAAACGUGACCAUCCCUCAUCAAGCUUCUUUAAUCGUAAAACACAACGCGCUUCGCUGUCUCAUCGCUGGCCGUGCUAAUAUUGCUAAUGGCCGUGUCUCGUCGUCUAGCCUCAAACGGAGGACGACGCGGGGCAGGAGGAUUCGCACCAAGCGUCUUGUGGUUCUUCGACUUGGCCAUUUGCAAGAAUCCGUCGUCGCUACCGUCGUCAUCUUCGUCAACGUCGCCAGCAUCCGCAUCAUUAUUCACCGAAGGAGCUGCUGUUUCAGUGGCAAGCUGCAUUGCAACUGGUGCGCCGUCCAGAGUGGUUGGGCUUGCCAAAACAGCAUCAAGAGGGAAUCCGGCCUCCGAUUCCUUCAUCAGAGCUGGAGGUGUCAGUGAAUCCGUUGUUUGCAACAGCGGCGUCUGGUUAUUCGUGACAUCAAGGUGCCCGAGAAUCUCAGAUUCGACGUCAGCUGACACCGAGCUUGCACCGCUCAGCAGCGCGGGAAGCGAGGGGUCUGAUUGGAAAGCCAGCAUCCGAUCAGACGUAUUCUUUCCAGGGUGUGUGGUGCCAACAGGGCUUGUCGCUUCACUGGGGCAGGUCAAUGGUGUGCCGACGCAAGCCUCAAUCGACUCGGUGCUCGAAGACUGUACCGUCGUUGCGGUGAUGCCGCGGAGAGGCUGCUGUGGUCUCUCAGCGGUAGCAGCAGCCAACGCCUCGCUGAUGGCGCUCUUGGGCCUUGUCUCACACGGCGGGUUGGGCUGCUUGUCGGCAACCUUGGGUCCGAAUGAUAGGGCCUGCACGUUGCUGUUCGACGAUUGUGCAGCUUGUGCCCGCACGCUAGUUCCGCUUUCUGCCCGAGAUCGCGCUUGGGAACGACUCAAGAUAGACUCUUGGUACGAGACAGGCUCAGAUCCAGGAUUGAAGUGCUCGUAGCGCGACAUAGGCGACGACGAUAACGAGGAUUCGUGGCCGCCAGCCAAACGUUCACGGUCAGUCUCAGCUGGACGCAGAGGCAGGGGGCUUGCGAGUCCGCGAGCAGGACCAGCAAGCACGGGCUUACCGAGACCAACGCUGGCGACUCCACGGUCAGCACCAUUGAAAAGGCCAAACUUUUCGUUGGAGUGCGAUCGAGAAGCUCCGCUGCCGGUGGAUUCUGAGUCGCGGGUCAGUCGCAGGAUUCCUUGUGUUGCGGGGGCCGUCCUUUCGGCGGUGCCAUCAUGCUUAGGCAUAUACGAUUGCCCGAGAAAGGGAGCAAGGCUUAAAAACUGAUUGGUGUUGAUCUUACCGUGUGAUGCUGUUGGUCGGUGCCAGAGUCUGGCUGCGCCAGCUUGCAUAUCUUGGAGCGAUGCCUCGCUCAAACCAUGUCGAUGGGCGCGUACAUGGGGCGCCUCAGAUGCAGAGACUGUAGCCAGUGGAUCAUAGAUAUCAGGCUCACUGCCUGUCACCGUGGCAAUGAUGGAUACAUUAUCCAUAGCAGGUGACAUGGGCAGGCCUCUGCCAAAAAGAUCGUCGUGGAAUUGUGUUCGUCGUUCGGCGUGGUAGAGGGGCGUAGCCGGUAUGCUCCUGAAAGCGGCUUCAUUGACGGAGCUGUUGGCGCUACUUGUAGCACGUCGCCUAGAUUUAACAUCGGGGCGCUCGCCAAGAGGGUUGAUAACCUUGCCCACAGCUUUGCGGACGGCAGAGCGCGCCUUUUCAAGAAAUGUGAGCGGCACAACGGCCGACGACACGUCCCGUUCGUCAACUUGAAUUUUCCUACCAUCAUGAGGACGAGACGGGUCUGUGUCAUCAAGCCAGCCAAUUGUGUUGGAGAUGCCUCUCAACACCCACGGGUGGCGCUUGAUGUCUCGAAGGCGAAUACGCUUCUCGGGAUUCUUGAUCAACAUCUUGGACAUCAAAUCGUACAGCUCAUCAUCAACAUCUUCGUAGAUGAUGUCACCAUCAUCACGAUAAGGGCGAACGUUUUGUCGAAAUACCAAGUUCUGCGUAUCGGGGGAUGUUGUUGGGUUGACGGGAGCCAGGCGAACACGAGGGAUAUAAACAUCUUCAGUAGCAAUCUUCUUGAACAUUUGGAACUCAUCCUCGGCCAAGAAGGGGAUACGAGCGAAAAUGAGGCAGUACAGUGUCACACCCAAAGACCAAACAUCGAUUUGCUCAGAGACCUUUGGCUGUUCCUUUUCGAUGUCUGUAUAGCAAAGCUCAGGGGCGAAAAAUGCGGGGGUUCCGACAGUCUUAGCAAGCUCAAGAUCAUCGUCAAAGUCUCUCGCUUCAGACUCUGUAACGAUGUCCUCGGGUUCACCAUCGCGGUUGGGGCGGCCAAAGUAUGAUACACCAAAGUCGGAGAUCUUGACACGGUGAUCCUUGCUCCACAGCAAGUUGGCAGGCUUAAUAUCACGAUGAACAACUCCUUGAUAGUGAAGGUACUCUAAUCCAAGUACUGUAUCUCGGAAAGCGGAUCGAGCUUGGUCGAAAGUGAAGCACGGCACAUAGGAGUAGUCAUCCGCGAACGGGUCAGGGUCCUGUGGGUUGAAAUCGAUAGAGGACAUGUGGGACAUGAUCGAGUCAGCCAUGCUAGGCGACCGCUCGCGAAGACAUGGGCCAUCGUCAGGGAACAUGCCCCCAUCGACAGCAUCGUAGGGAUCAUUGUUGGCGGUGAGGGGACCAGGGGUUUGGAGGUCGUCGCCCCACAAGACAUCCUCUUCAAGCUCUGAAGGGGCCUGGCCAGAGAGAGCCACUGAGUCUCGCCGUGAUGAGUGAGAUAACCCGGCUGGCGAAGCUGCACCGGAUUCCCGACCUUCGGAGCCCGCUACAUCAUACUUGGAAGAAACGCGGGACACGCUGCUAUGUUCAUCGGCAGCACCAUGUUCCACGCUCCAAAACUCAGCAGGUGCUGCUUGCAUCUGCUCCGCCAUCUUGGCCCGCUUGUAGUUUUUGAGAGCCAUACGACGCUCCAGAUACUGAUCGUAUUGGACCUCUUCAGCUGUCUUGGGUUCUCCCUUGAUAUCACGUUCCGCCCGACGACGUUCGUACAAGAAGACGUAUGGUACACCUUUCUUUCGCCACACGACUUCGCCAAGCUCAACGUGUUCAAGGAUCAUGUAAAUUUUCUUCAGCUCGGGGUCGUCAAUGAUUUCGAGAAGAGCGACAACGUUGGGGUGGCGGAUCUUCUUGAGAAUGGCGAUCUCUUUCUUUGUUUUGUCUUCGGGCAUUCGGGCGGUAAGUUUUCCGAGUCGGCGCUUCUUCGAGAAGCGGGGAAUAAUCUUGAUGGCGACAUUGUCGCCAGUUGCAACAUUGCGAGCAAGUUUUACCUUGCCAUGCAUGCCGCGGCCAAUUUCUUCAAUGACUUCAUACUGAUUGAUCAUCUUACGACCAGUAAUGGUAUCACUGUCAAUUAGAGCCUUGUGUGUUCUGCAAGAAUCGAAAUGUUAGCCAUUACAUCCUUUCGUAAGCAACAGUUGGGCGGCGAGAAACGUGUUGUGCAACCCUCAACCAUCGACAAGCGGUUAAUGUUUAAUGGGAAGGUGGAGAGGCGACCGACACGGGUGCCUGCAAUAAAAUUGAUCAAACUUACUCUCGAACUCUGAAGUUCUGUAGGGGGUGAAGAAAAGAGACGCUAGCAGCCGCUGGUGCUGGCGAGCUACUUUCGGAGAAGGAUGUGAUGGGAUGAUCGCGGAGGUGUCGAGGCGCGGGGCUGAAGAGACCAGUCGACGACACUGGUGUGCUCGAAGUGGUUCUCAGAGGUAACGAUGCGGAAGAAGGAAGAGCAGAGGGCUUAGGUAGUGUUACAUCGUCAUGUUUGUGCUGUUCUGGCUGGCCCUGCUGCUCCGGCAGCGGCUGCUGGAGAGUCUGGUCUGUGGAAUCCAUGGUGGUGAAUUGGAUGUGGCCGCCGAGAUUCGAGUAUGCAUGCCGCUCCUCUUGCCAACUACAAGAUUUGCGGCAAGUCACGCCCGUCAAAGUAAGGCGAGUGAUUCGGCAGUGGCCGUGUGAUUUAUCGAAGCAUUAUCGAGCUAUUUCGAGCUGGGGCGGCGGCGGCGAGUCGGGUUGAGCGAAAGUGUGCUGGUCGAAGCAACAAGAUGAUUUUCGUGGACCCUGUCGGGGGAGGAUUUGUGAAAAUUCGAUGGACGGAUGGUUGCAGCCAGCUAGGAAUUGAAGCAGGCAAGAAAUCACACUGAGGUUCUCCUAAAUACGCAGUGAUGAGAAGCUGAAGGAAACAAACGGUGAUGGUGGCAAGAGAAAUGUUGACGAGGAGCACAAAGGUGGGAGGGUGGGAAAUUGAUGGGGGGGCUCUUCUCGGUGGUGCCCGGGGGGAA